AUGGCCGCUGCCGAACGCGUCUUCAGUGGCGAAUUCGACGAUAUCGCCUCUGACGACGAGGGCGACCCGCAGACUCCCGACUCUACCAGUCAAGGAGAUCACUCGGAGGGAGAUGUAUCCAUGCUCUCUGACGGAGACGAGGACGUCAUGAGCGAGAACGACAAUGAGGGGUUUGAGCUCGAUGACUUCAUGGACGAGGAUGGCGCAGCAGCUUGUUUGGAUCCGUAUGCCAACGUGUUCUUUUCCAAGGAACGCACGGAGACUUUGCUCGAGCCCGCCCUCAAGUCGAUCUUCGCGCAGAUCCCCAUCCCUAACGGCGAGGACAACGCGGGACAGACAAUGCGGGUCCGCGUUCUUAGUCGUGGCGAGUGGAUGAGUGGCUGUCCCGAAGGAAACGAGCAGAGUUUCUUGUUCCAGCUGUACGAGAAGCUUACGUCUGGCAAGUUCGCCUGCCCUAACAGCUGCGGGCACGAGUUUGACCGCGCUCCGGAGGACUUCUUCGCUCUGCUUCCCGACUUCCCUGCCUACGUCUCGCACCUCGAGCGGCACAUUCAACGCAAGUGCCCCAAGUGCAACAUCAAGGUGUGCUCGGCAUGCGAGGAUCCUGUCCGCGAGCCUUCCCCUGAGAAGGGAGGGUCGCCCGACGGAAAGGAGUCCAAGGCUCUGUUCCACUGUCCUACCAUUCAAGGCGCUAUCCUCGGCGUCGCCCUCCACAUGAUUGAGCAGGAAUUCGGCAGCCAGCUUCGUAUCGAGAAGCCAACGGGAGUGCCUCCGGCUAAGAAAAGGAAGACGAGCGCUUUAGGGAAACUCCUGAACACCAUGCAAGGCGGCGACGAUGACUCCUCCGAUAGCGACGGAGGUUACGGCUUCGGAGGGUUCGGCGGACGUGGCCAGGCUGCCCCGAAGGGUACUGGAUACAGCGGCGCCGCGCACGAAGAUCGCUCUGGCGAGAUCGCUGCCGAGAAGUCGCAGUUCCUCAAGGACCAGACGACCGCCAAGCUUCUGUCCCAGGUCCGCGCGUAUCUUCCUGCCGUGAAGCGCGGGCACACGACUGACCUUCUGGUGCACCCAACCGCUCUGGCCCACCUCCGCCGUCGCAGCUCCUUUGUUAGCGACCUUCUUCGCAACGACUCUCUCAUGGACAUGUCGAACCGCGCCGAGAUCUACCAUGCGCUGUUCGACUGGCUCGAGGUGGUCUCCAGUCACGAGGUCCUCGCCAGCAUGCUGGCUAUGCCUCAGAUGCGUGCUGUCAAGGCCGUUCCCGGACCUGAUGAUGACACAGUCGAGGUCACGUAUGAGGGAGCCCCAAGUCCCCGCGAGUUGCUCGAGACCGUCGUUAUCCAGGCCACCGCGGCGCUGAAGGGCCUCUCGUCCACGUCCGCCCCCGAAGCGUCCGACCCCGACAGUGAUGAGCUCGACCCUCUCCAGCAGUCGCUCGCCGAAGCUCAGAAGAGGAAGGAGAAGCAGAGGGAGAACGCAGUGACUGCUGCGGCUGACGCCAGUGAUCGCAUUCUGGAUGCGCGCACUGAGAUCGACCGUCUACUCGUCGCGACCAAGGGCCGCGCGUUCGUUAAUCGCAUGCUCGAGUCUCUCCCUCGCCUGUAUGAGACGGAGGAAGACCAGCCCAAGAUCGAGACGUCUGCUACUGAUGAGACGACUAUGAAAGUUUACGAGGAGUGGGCGCAGAGAGUGCGCUUCCGCUACUGCGACCUGCACGACCCCGGAGACCCGUCCAAGAUCAAGUACGCGCAUGCGUACAAUAACAAUAUUCAGACGCUCGUGGGAACGCGCUCGCUCGCGAUUGCGAAGGAGCUCGCAAUUCUGACGACUAGCCUUCCCGCCGCAUGGGGAUCGACCAUCUUCAUCCGUGUCGACGACGCACGCGUUGACUGCAUCAAGGCUAUGAUUAUCGGCCCCGAGGGCACGCCGUACGAGAACGGGUGUUUCCUGUUUGACAUCUUCCUGCCGCUCGACUACAACCACUCGUGCCCGCUCGUCAAGUCGAUGACGACCAACGGCGGCAAGUACCGCUACAACCCUAACUUGUAUGCGGACGGCAAAGUGUGCCUCUCGCUGCUGGGCACUUGGAGCGGUCCUGGGUGGAUCUCGGGCAAGUCGACGCUGCUGCAGGUGCUCAUCUCGAUCCAGAGUCUCAUCUUCUGUGAUGAGCCAUACCUGAACGAGCCAGGGUGGGCCAACCAGGCGGGCGCAUACUCGGCCAAUGUUCGCCGCAUGGUACUUGUGGACGCGAUGGCGAACAACCUGAAGAACCCACACUUCCCAUUCGAGAACGAGGUCAAGACGCACUUCCGCCUCAAGGCCAAGGCGAUCCGCGCUCAGCUCGACCGCUGGAAGGCCGAGGACGACGGCAAGGCGACGAACCGCGACUACUUUGGCGUCUCACCGCCUAACACGUCGUCAGGCGCUUCAUCGUCGCAGACUCCAUUCGAUGUGGCUGCGAAGCAUUUGCGUUCGCUGCUCGACGAGCUUGACCCGGUGGCGCCAUCGAUGGUCGACAGUGCCACUCCAUCGGCCUCAGCGGGCCCAUCAACGUCCAAGGCGAAGAAGACCAAGGCCAAGUCGGGCGCCAAGGGAACGCGUUCCUCCAGCCGCCUCAAAGCUAAAAAGUGA